ACAAUAUUAGCUUCUUAUCAUGAUGAAGAACAACGGGAUGCAUUAUUUCGUUAUGAAACGAUCUCACCAACUGAAUCUCCUUCGGGAGGUUUAGACACUGGUAUCUUUGAUGUCUCCGAGUUCGGUGCCAGCCCCGAGGCCGACUCAGACAGCACUAAUGCAUUUCAGAAGACAUGGGAGGCAGCUUGCAAGCACCAGGGGACAACAAAGUUUUACGUCCCAGAAGGUGUAUUCUUAGUGGGUGAGAUCGAGUUCAAGGGCCCUUGUAGCACUGAAUCAACCCUGGAGGUAGAGAUUAUAGGAGAUCUAGUGGCUCCACCGAGCCUUAAGGCGUUUCCAUCAAAUCAUUGGAUUGUUUUUAAACGACUAAGCAACAUCCUCUUCCACGGGCGUACCAACUUAGACGGUCUAGGCGAAGUUGAAGCCUGGAAACAACCAAGUUGCCACAACUCCCACAAAUGUGUCAAAGGCAUAACGUCUUUGAUACUGCGCAACGUAUCAAAUGCAGUAAUCAGAGACAUUACGUUUUCAAAUGGGAAAGGGUUUCAUUUGGGGUUACACUUGGUUCGAAACGUAAAAGUCCAUAACGUCAAUAUCAGUUCCCCAUGGGACAGUCCCAACACGGAUGGGAUCCACGUACACAGCUCCUCUAACAUCAGAAUCACCAACUCAACCAUUGCAGUCGGAGACGACUGCGUCUCCAUCUCAACUGGGAGCAUCAACGUGCUCGUUUCCGGCACACGUUGUGGUCCAGGCCAUGGAAUCAGCAUAGGGAGCUUGGGGAGGGCUAAGAACGAGGAGGAAGUGAAAGGGAUUGUUGUUCAAAACUGCACCAUUAGCGGAAGUCAUUACGGAGUUCGGAUCAAGACAUGGCCUACAUCACCGCCGAGCCAAGCUAAUAAUAUGAGAUUCGAGGACAUUAAGAUGAUUAACGUCUCCCACCCCAUUAUCAUUGAUCAAGAGUAUUGUCCUUCUAAUAGCUGCAACACCACCUUUCCAUCGAUGGUGAAACUGAGCAACAUAGAGUACAAAAACAUAAGAGGAACUUAUAACACUAAGGUCGGGGUGACUCUGAGAUGCAGCUCCCUCGUGGCAUGUGAGAAUAUAACGCUUAUCGACGUCAAUCUUAAGCAGACAAUAUUAGCUUCUUAUCAUGAUGAAGAACAACUGGAUGCAUUAUUUCGAUAUGAAACGAUCUCACCAUCUGAACCUCCUUCGGGAGGUUUAGACACUGUUAUUUUUGAUGUCUCCGAGUUCGGUGCCAGCCCCGAUGCCAACUCAAACAGCACUGAUGCAUUUCAGAAGACAUGGGAGGCAGCUUGCGAGCACCAGGGGACAACAACGUUUUACGUUCCAGAAGGUGUAUUCUUAGUGGGUGCGAUCGAGUUCAAGGGCCCUUGUCGCACUAAAUCAACCCUGGAGGUAGAGAUUAUAGGAGAUCUAGUGGCUCCACCGAGCAUUAAGGAGUUUCCAUCAGAUCAUUGGAUUAUUUUUAAACAACUAAGCGACAUCCUCUUGCACGGGCGUACCAACUUAGACGGUCUAGGCGAAGUUGAAGCAUGGAAACAACCAAGUUGCCACAACUCCUUCAAAUGUGCCAAAGGCAUAACGUCUUUGAAACUGCGCAACGUAUCAAAUGCAAUAAUCAGAGACAUUACGUUAUCAAAUGGGAAAGGGUUUCAUUUGGGGUUACACUUGGCUCGAAACGUAAAAGUCCAAAACUCGGAGACGAUUGCGUCUCCAUGGGAGCACCGACGUGCUCGUUUCCGGCACACGUUGUGGUCCAGGCCAUGGAAUCAGUAUAAGAACGAGGAGGAAGUGAGAGGGAUUAUUGUUCAAAACUGCACCAUUAGCGGAAGUGAUAACGGAGUUCGGAUCAAGACAUGGCCUACAUCGCCACCGAGCCAAGCUAAUAAUAUGAGAUUCGAGGACAUUAUGAUGAUUAACGUCUCCAACCCCAUUAUCAUUGAUCAAGACUAUUGCCCUUCUAAUAGCUGCAACACCACCUUUCCAUCGAUGGUGAAAGUGAGCAACAUAGAGUUCAAAAACAUAAGAGGAACUUAUAACACCGAGUUCGGGGUGACUCUGAGAUGCAGCUCCCUCGUGGCAUGUGAGAAUAUAGCUCUUAUCGACGUCAAUCUUAAGCGUAUCAAUACCAAUACGACAGAGAAGAAGCACCAAGAGAGUUUUAGUAUGAAGGGCGGUCUUCAAGGCUUAGUGGUUUUUAACUCAACCUUUAACUAA